UGCAGCGUACCCUAUAAAGGUUGAAAUUAAAGCUCCACUUUUCCACCGAAAAAGCGCAAAAAAUUCCCCAUGACUUCAAUUCUUCACUCCUCCAUUUGCAGUUGCAGUUGAGUUGCAGGUCAAUUAACAAUUAGAAGAAGAAGAAGAAGAAGAAGAAGAAGAAUGGAGAAAUUAGGUAUGGCGAAAAUGGGGAGCAUCAAAUCCGGAGGCUUCUGGCUCUCCAACAAGGCCAAGCACGAGCUCUCUAACAUCACUCAAGACCUCUCUACAGUCUCCAACAUUGUCGAAGAAAAAGCAAAAUGGAUAUUUAACAAGCUCAAAGGGAAGCCAUUAAAAACGUUGCCGGAGCUUCUGCAAGAUAACAAUAUUCCGAGGGGUAUUUUUCCGAAGAACAUUUUAGCUUACGAGUUUGACAGGGCCAAGUCGAGGCUAACGGUUCACUUGCCGUACGCGUGCGAGGCGAGCUUCAAUGACUCGUCGCCAUUAAGGUACGGUUCUCGUGUGAAAUGCAUUCUCCUCAGAGGAAAGAUGAUGAGCGUGGAAGGGAUGAAGAUGAAGGCAAAUGUCCUAGUUUGGACAAAUGUCACGAGCAUCGCCGUCGAGGGCGCCAAAUCGGAGAAACUUUGUUUCAUCGCUGGCGUAAAGAAGUCGAGGCCUAAGGACACUUAUACCGUGCCCCGGGAAGGUGUCCGAAUCGACAAUUUUUGAGAGUAGGUUUUGGUUGUUUUUAAGGAUGUUUUUAUGAGAAAUUGAUUCUAACAUUUUUUUUCUUCUUCGGGUGUGUUUGUUUGAAGGAUUUGUGAA